GAGGGAUUAAACACAAAGUCCUCGCACUCUUCACACCAACACGCUCACCCACUGACCGAGUGAUGGGCUGGAAAGCUGCGGAAGUUUCCGUGAAGAUCAAUCAGGGAUAUAAAGACUGAGAGGGACGGAUUUUCACCCUCAAGCGGGAAGACUUCACUUUGAUUUGAUCUUAAAGAAGCUGAAUAAUUCAAGAGUUUUUCUGCAUUUUGCCAACUUGUGGUUGAAGUUUGACUUCUGUGCAGCUUUUAUCAGGAACAUCACAAGCUCAGCCAUAUUCUGCAACGACUUUCAGACGCUUUCCACCAGCAUUUGGAAAGACAGAAGACACAUAAAACACAAACCUCUGGAUAGCGUCUCUUCUGGUUUCAUCAUGAGCAGUGGAGGGACCGCCACACUUCCCCGUCAGGAGCCCCAGGCUUUCAAACGAGCCGUUAAGAAGAUAAGAUGUGCCGCAAUGGUGGCUAACUUGGCUAAGAGUUGGCAGGGCUGGGCAAAUGAACACUCAAACAAGCAGGACGCCAUCCCAAGCGGCUGGAUGCCCUCAUCCGUCGAAGAAACAGACAAAAUAGAGCGCAACCAUGUUGUCAAACUCACCGUCAAGCCGCGUGUCAUCACAUCUGAUCCAAGCGACACCAGCGGGACUAAAAUCCGAGCAUGCACCGUGACCAAGACGGUCCAGCCCAAACGCAGCGAGUGCAGCAGCAGUGAUUUAGUCAACGCCAUCAGAGGAAAGAUGGAAUCCGGUCCGGAGCAGAACAAGCCGUUUAUGGGUAACGAGUCGCCAACACGGCGGCGCCAGAUGAGAGCUCUGCAGAACGCAGAAGCAGGAGGAGGCAGCAUCAUCCAAGACAGGAAGCACAUGCUGCAGGAGAAGAAGCUGGGGUCGAGGAGCAGCAGCGUGGAAACGGAGGACAGCGGGAUCGGAGAGGAGGCGGGGCUUAGCGACAGUAGCGAUACCAAGAAUGAGGAGAUUGACAUCGAACCAAAGAAACGCACCAGUAGGCCAAAGAUUAAGCUCGCCACCACCAAUGACAUCAAGAACCGCUGGCAGCAGUGGUCGGAGCAGCAUGUGGAGGGCCAGAAGCUGAACCCCUUCAGCGAUGACUUUGACUACGAGUACGCCAUGUCUCAGCGCCUCCGUAAAGGCGACUCAGGCUACGGUCGUCCCAAAGAUGGCUCCAAGACGGCAGAGAGGGGCGACAGAGCUCAGAAACACAUCCACAGAGAGAUGGAGGAGAUGGUGUGGAUUAUCAGAGACAUGAACUUUAAGGACAAGGAGGGACGUACCGUCAUCACCUUCGGACGACUUUUUGACCGCUACGUGAAGAUCUCAGAUAAGGUGGUGGGCAUCCUGCUGCGCUGCCGCAAACACAAGAUGCUGGACUUUGAGGGGGAGAUGCUGUGGAAAGGACAGGACGACCAUGUGAUCAUCACGCUAAGAGACUAAGGACAUGUGUGAUGUCCUACAGACUCUUAACAGACUCACAAAGACUCAGACUGCUGGAUAAAAGGAGGAUUCUUCUGGAUGAUAUAAAGAGCUUUAUUUAACAGAAAUGUUUAUUUUAGAAAUGUCGUGUUUUAUCAGUAAAAUAGAGAGAUAACCUCAGCAGAAAGUAGCCUCAUUUAAACUUGUCUGUAAAUAAAGUAUUAAAAAGCAUGUGGAUGUGCACGUGGAAGCUUCAAACACGCGUCAGACUCAUUAGUCCGUAUCAUGUAGCUGACAGAUGAUCUGAUGAAGUGAAGCUAUCUUUAGCAUGCUAAUCAUGAUCGCCUUGAUAGCUAUGCUACAUGCUACAAGCUUCAGGAAUCCCUGCAGUCAUACAAGAAGGCUUUACUGAGACCAUGACAGAUGAUGUAAUAUUAUACUGCAUUUGUGUGGUGUCAGAUUGGAAUCAUGAAUAGAGUUUUGUACAUGGAUAGUUUAAAUUUAUGUGUUAAUUAAUUCAAACCAGGUUGAAAAUCAGAGACAUGGUGCUACGUGACUUACCAGCUGAAGAAUGGUGGCAGAGGUGGAUCCUGUAUCAGUGGUGAGAUCCAGGUGAUAGUUUUCACUUCAGGUGCAGUGUGUGGUACUGAUUUAUCGUGCAAUAAAACAAGACAAUCAUUUGUAGUGUGCGUGUUGUGUUCAU